CACGCAUCAUCAUGACUGGAAAAGCACGACGUCUUUGCCGUCCCAUCCCUUUCCUGAGCCGACGGACGAACCGUUUGUCAAGAAGGGGCACACGGAGCCGAUAAUUCAAUGGUGGUGGUGAUGUUUUUUUUUUUUUUUUUUGUCUCUCGCAAGGAUUACUUACCUCUCAGCUCUGAACAAUUUCUGGUUAUGGCUGUGCGCCACGCCUUUAUUAUUCCAAUAUCUGUCGACCAGAUGCCCUAUUGAGUAACUAAACUGCCCGGUUGACUGACUGGCACGGUUCCGCCGUUCGCUGCACAACUUGUGGGCACGUUGGAGUGGAUGGGAGGGUCCGGAACCGUUCCAAGUCACGGUACAAGCCAUGAUCCGCCCUUGAACUUGAGGAGCCUGUCUAUCCUGUCUGCACAUUUAUUUCAUCCACUCCUCCGAUCAGCACCAUCCACAUAUACCCCCGGCCGUGGAAAUAAUACCGACAAAGUUGGUUACCGGCUGGACGUCUUGGAUGUCCAAAUACUAUCCCGCAUUUGCCUAUUCGGCAAUGGACACCCGUAUAUCCCCAGUCCCUGCGUAAGAAGUUUGAAGACAAGGGCCAGCCAUGUUGCCGAACUAUCAGCGGAGAUCACGUUGUGCUAUACCCACGGUGGCCAAAAUUCCAUGAAGAACAGUGGUCUAUCCGAGGCAGUCAGUGACAGCCGUCAAACGGUUACACAUACCAUGAUUAAUACGCCGCCCCUCCCGCUCUGUCUCCAUACGGCCUACCCAUUCCCGUUACAGCAACAUUACUUUUUUCAUUACUUUUGUCUACAUUUUUUCUUUUAAGUUCUUCAAAAUCUAUAUCCACCCCUGCACUUUCACCCCCCAUUCCAUCGCACUGCAUCAGCGGCCUGUAUGUGCCAACCUGCCCCUACUUUGUCCUACCAAACACACAGCCGGAUGGUCUUCUAAUUCCCUGGUGUUCGGGUUCCGCUUUGCUACAGACACACCUCUCUUAAAUAUACAAGCCAUAAAAAAAAAAAACAUAAGAAAAAAAGGAGAAAAAAAAGUCUUGCAUAUCAGCAUGCAUUGUUAGUCUGGCCUUACCUAUCAAAAACCUAGCAUAAACUAUGACCCCAGAAGCUGUCUUUUAAUGGACAAUUCGAUGUAAGCUUCUGCUCGUCAACAGGUAUCUUUUAAUGGUUCUUCUUUACAUAUCCGAUCAAGGCCACAACAGCCGAUACCUUUACAGCCCGCUCCCAACCUUCACAUAGCCUGACUGACAUCUUACUCGUUUAUCACACCCUUUACCCAUUCUAUUACACCACAGAGAAACCAUGCCGUGCAUGCCUGAACCCUGUAUUUUUCCUAGAAUGCUUUCAUAUUUGCCCCUCUGCACAUGCAGAGUCUUCUUUCAUUUCAUGUCACUGGUUCCUGUAGCUGGCCAAGACUGGCCCGCAUCAGUGAUGUGCUCGUCGUCCUCGAGCCAGUUCCCCAGGGAUCACCCCCUGUGAUAUCUCCACCGUUGAUCCCAGUCCCCCCUACCUUGCCCUUUAUCUCUAUGACUUUGUAUUGGGGAAACAUACCAGCCGUCUCCGGUUGCAUCCCCCUCUUCUCCGGGACUAGACCGAGACCAUCUAUCACCGCAUCCCUCGUUACCAACGAACGCAUGUUCCUCCCUUUUAGUUUCCCCCCGGGCGGGGUCGAUGAUACCGAUCAUCGGCAUAUUGGUUGAUAGAUGCAAUUAUUCGUCUUGUCUGAUGCUUUUAGGAGAGAUAUGUUACGUACUAGCGAGGCCUCGUUUGUUGACAAGGGGUCCCUUGAAAAAGUAUAAAAGGACCCUUUUGUUUGACUUGGGCCUCCCUGAUUUCUCUUCCUCUUUCAUCUAAACUUUUCACCAAAGGUCCAAUCUCGUAGUGACAGAGUUUUUAUUUUCAGACCAAGCACUUCUGGGACUCGUUUAAGCAAGUAUCUCCUCCAUCACGAACUCUCAGACAUAACAGUGCGCCCCUUACCACACUGCACGCUCAUACCACACACGCAUCUACUUACGCACACACGCUGCCAUCCUCACACUACUACUUUACCACUUGUCCCAGUUCAUAAAAAAAAAACCGAACUUCUCGUCCCUUGUUACAUACAUCCUCGAGUCAAGUCAUCACAUCACUGCACCCACUUCAGCCUCUCUGGACCCUUGAUCUGCCCAACAAAAUGUCAACUGGAUACGGCAACGACUAUUACUCCACCGGCGACUACAACGGCUCAAUGCCGAUGGCAGUCCCGGCUGGCAAAGACCACUAUUCGGACCAUUACGGCGACUACUACUCCGUCGGUGGAAACAGAAGCCACGGUGCUUACUCAGUCUCGCCACCGGAAUCGGAGGCGGCUGGCAGCAGCACUACCGCUUCUGGCGGGCUUUCCUACAGCACCCCUUCCGGAUACGCGUCGUCGGCAUACUCUUCCUCGGCAGCUUACGGCGGCUAUGAUAGUUACGCAUCCAGCAGUCAAGGUGACUACGACAGUGCCGGGUCUGCAAGCGGGCUCGAUUUCAACGAGUACGUCCAGGACCGAUUUGACCAGGUCCGGGAUCAGAGUGCUCUCGACAACUGCACCGUUACCCAGGCAAAAGUUUCCGGUGGUCUGAACGCCAAACAGCGAGAGCUGCUAGACCUGCAAAAGAAGGCCCAGGCUCGCCUUGCCAAGUCGCGCGCCCGAUUUGCUGAUGGCAUGCAAUCGGUGUACGAGGUCCGUGACGAUCUCGAGUGGACACAGAAGACACUUUCAUCCAUUCAAUCCAAAGCUUCAAAGAAGCACCCAAAACAAUACAAGAAGGCCCGCGAACGAUACCCUUCCCCCGACUACUGAAGUCAAUUUUGAUAAACUUCUGAAAAGUCGCGAGAGUGGGCGACGUUCGUUGAUUUUGAGCCGCACCCUAUCCACAUAACCCCUGUUCUCCAAACGUUACUUCUGAAUAUUUCCUCUUUCGUCAGUUAUUGUACCCCAGGCGGAUACCAGACCUGUAAAAAAAAAACCCCCAGUUUUUUGUUUUGCUGACGUUGUAUUGAUCGAUCUCUUUUUUUUUUUUACGACAUUUUUAAACCUGUUACGAGCGCCCAGAUCGCACACCCCUCCCCUUUUCGCUCUCAUCCCCACACACACACACACACACACGCGCGCGCGCGUAGCACGCAAACCCGAUCCUGCCUGUCUGAGACAGACACGGCGCGGGUAUGCAGGGGGAACCACCCGUAGCGGAUCAGCGGGUGGACUCUGGGAUGUGGGAUGCAGUUCGGCAAGGGAAGAAACAUGCAGCGCGCGUUCCUGCAAGUUGAACACAGUCUUCCCUUGUAAGAAGGCAGUUGAGUGGUGUGCGGCAGCCCCCCCAAGUUUUCUUACUUUUCUCGGCGCCUUUCUCUAUUUCCAAAGGCGGAAGCGGGCGGCCGUUUUCAUAUGAGUAAUGAUUUAUGAUUGGACAAAAAGAGUGUUUUCCAGACAAGGUUUCCCUGAUUUUUCGGGGACAGGGGAGGGAAAAGUACAGGUACAUGGGCCAAAAAAAGCAAAGCUGCUGCAGGGACGUGGCGGACGCAAACACCCCCGGGGUGGUGGGUGUGAGUAAACAAUGCGUCAAUGCUGCAGGGGGUGUGGGGUGGGACUCUCGGGAGAUUCUCUCAGUAUCCGGUAGGAACGGAGAGCUGAAGACGAGUAGGGUUGGCGAGGAGCGGUCCUGCAAGAUCGAUCGAGGAAGGGAACAGGGGAGGGCGUGUGAAGAGACUCGAUGGCGCUUGUCCUCUUCAAGGACAUGUAUAUUGCUUUUUUAGGAAACCCCAGGCUGGCAUUGACGAGGGCCAUCGGAGCCGGAAGCGUCUGGGGGACCACGGUGAAAGUAUUAUGGGCGGGCGUAGUGGCUUUGUCAUGAUUUCAUUGGGCGUUUUGGGAACGGCUCGGGUUCGGCAGCUCUCUUUUCUUCCGAUAGUAACGCAGUAAUCGUACACCUUGAAGCCUGUGCCAGCGACCGCCUGUACACUCUAGGCGGGGUUCCCACCAGCGUGCUUGAUCAUGCUCAUGUGAUGUGCUAUGCGCCGUAAUGUGGACGAUGCUGGCUGUUUAAAAGACUUCAAGCUCAUGAAUCACGUGACUGAUACAGACCCAUGUUGGUUCCCAUCGGUAUCGCAUUCGGUCUCCCCUCGGCCAGCCGUUUCGUAGAUAUGGUGUAACGCAGCUAUAGUUCGUUGAUGAGCCAUCCCGACCGCUGGUUUGUAUUGGAUAUCGGUAGCCUGCAGCCAUUAGCAUGUACCCGCUAGGGCGAAGUGUCCUCCCAAACCAAGCCAAAAAUGGUAAGAAAACUGCUUUCAACUCAAAGGCCAUCGUGUUCCUCUGAUAUCACCCUCCACCUUCAGCAGACUUGUUCAAGGUAGGUCCCGUGCACUCUCAGCUGGUGAACCGCAACCCACAAAUAAAAUAAUCUAGGGGGGUGGCCAUGAGCCCCGCGGCUCCAGACCGAGCUUCUCCUCCAGCUUCUUCCAAGGGUUCUGGUUGCUCUUGCGGUCGUAGUAGUCGACAUACCACGGCUGACCCUGAGCGCGACCGGGCGGCCCGUGUGGACCAUCAACCGGCACAUGCGCAGAUGCAGGACCCGACGCCUCAGGACCAGGAGCAGCACCUUCUACCGGAGCUGCCGAGGCCGCGUCGUCGGCGGCACCAUAGGCCUUGAACCCCUCCUCCUCGAGAUCGAGAUCAAUCUCAUCAGCGUUGCUGGCGGCGACCGAGGUCUGAGCAGAAGCAGGCGUGCGGUGAGCGUCGCCUACCCGUUGUGGCAGGCGGAUACCCAAAGAGGUCGAGUUGGCGGAAGAGACUCGGACCGGAUUCUGAGGGCUCGCCACGACGGCGUCAUCAGUCCGACGUCUCUUGGACGGCCGGGCUGCUGCACCGAAGGAGGAGAAACCCAUGGUCUGGGCCAUGAUCUCGGCGGCGUCAUAUGUGUCUUCUUGGGUGGGUGGUUCUUGAUGGGGCUCCAUGGUCACUAUUGCUGAGGAGGGCUACCACUGAGAGAGGUUUAGUAUCAAAUUAUGGAUGAGUUUGAUGGACGGAAAUGGGUUGCCUGAUAAUGGUCAAGUUCCACGACAGGGUUGGUUAUCAAUGGAUGAUGCUGGGAUGGAAAAUCUGGAGUUGGACAGGGAUUUUUGUCCUCCACUCUCGGCAGCAACCGUCGAAUUUUGUUUGCUUGUUCUCCCCAAAUUUUGUGGGAAGGUGCUAGGCUGGAGUGCUCUAGUGCGACUCCAAGAUGCUGCUACCCUCUAGCGACUUUGUUAGUAAAUGGAUGACAUGUGAAAUUUCAAGAUGC